AUGUGGACUUCAGAUUCUAAUAAAGGCUAUAUUACUGUAACAUGUCAUUUUAUAUUCGACGACAAAUUAUACUCGCCAGUUUUGGCCACUAGAGAAGUACAUGGAGCACAUACCGGGGAGAAUAUUGCGGCUGUGCUUUCGGAGAUAUUUAAUGAGUGGGAAAUAAAUAAUAAAAUUGUAACUAUUGUGUCUGAUAACGGCACAAAUAUUAAAAACGCAAUCAACACACCUUCAAAAGUACAACGAUCCUUGAGGUACUUUAAACAUAGUACUUUUGCUAAUGAAAAAUUAAAAAAUUACGAAAUCCAAAUGGGCUUACCGCAACUAAAAGUCAAACAAGAUGUACCUACAAGAUGGAACUCGAGUUUAAUUAUGAUGGAAAGACUCCUCGAGAUUAGAGCCCCUUUAUCUGCUGCAUUAACAUCACUUCCACGUGCUCCAAACGGCUUAACUGCUAUAGAAUGGGAAUUAAUUGAAGAUUGCAUACCACUAUUGAAACCAUUUGAGAGCAUGAUCACUGAACUAUCUGGACAAACUUAUCCAUCUAUCUAA